GCGCGCGGCGCGCGCGGCCACAGCCCUGAGGCGCAGCCGCCGCCAUGGGGAAGAAGGCGCGGGCCGCGCCCGGGCGCCGGCCCAUCCUGCAGCUCUCCCCGCCCGCGCCGCGCCGCGACGAGGCGGCAGGACCCGCGGGCGAGGGGGGCGACUCGGGCUCCGAGCCGGAUGAGCCCGAGACGGUGGCGGAGCCGCCCCGCAACCCGCCGAAUCCGCCGCCUCCCGCUCCCGCCGCGGUCAAGGCCACAGGAGGUUUGUGCCUGCUGGGUGCCUAUGCUGACAGCGAUGAUGAGGAGGGUGAGGCCCCGGAGAAGCCGGCCCGUUCCGCGGAUGCCAACGGCAGCAGUUCUGCUGACAUCGACAGCACCCUGGCAAACUUCCUGGCUGAGAUCGAUGCCAUCACGGCCCCAGCGCAGCCUGCUGAGCCCGCUGCUGCCUCCUCUUCCUCCUCCUCCUCUGUGCCACCCCCGAUGCCGCCCCGCCCGGAGCCCAAGGAUGCCACGGGCCCGGCGUCGGGCACAGCCAACGGCACGGGCUCGGCACCCGCCCCGGAGUGGCAGUACGACACGCAGUGCUCGCUGGCCGGAGUGGGAGAGCUGGAGAUGGGCGACUGGCAGGAAGUGUGGGACGAGAACACCGGCUGCUACUACUACUGGAACACCCAGAGCAACGAGGUGACCUGGGAGCUGCCGCAGUACUUGGCAACGCAGGUCCAGGGCCUGCAGCAUUACCAGCACAGCAGCACCGUGGCAGGCACCAAUGGCAGCUUUGCAGCAGCCACGGAGCCAUUCCCUCAGGAGAAGGGGACCCCAGGCAGCGCUGGCCGUGGGACCUCCCUCUGCAAGCGCGAGGUGAAGAAGGAAGUGAAUGAAGGCGUGCAGGCUCUCUCCAACAGUGAGGAAGAGAGGAAGGGAGUGGCUGCAGCCCUCCUGGCCCCACUCGUGCCCGACGUGGUGAAGGAGGAAGAGGAGCGCUGGAGGAGGAAAGUGAUCUGCAAAGAGGAGGUUGAGCCACCUCUGGAAGAGGAGGCGAAAGUGGAAGAGGCACCAGCUGUCCCAGAAGAGCCAGAGCCCAGCAGGGAUCCCCUGGAAGACACAGGGCAGGAGGAUCUGUGCAGUGUGGUGCAGUCGGGGGAGAGCGCGGAGGAGGAGGAGGAGCAGGACACACUUGAGCUGGAGAUGGUGCUGGAGAGGAAAAAGGCAGAGCUGCGUGCCUUGGAGGAAGGCGAGGGCAGCGUUUCGGGCUCCAGCCCGCUCUCCGAUGGCAGCCAGUCGGCCUCGCAGGACGCGUCCCGCAGGCUGGCCUCCAAGAGAGGCAAAUGGAAGCUGUUUGUGGGAGCUGCCAGCCCUGAGUCCGCCAGCCGAGGCCCCAGCAAAACGGGCCGGGAGAGCCCAGAGGCAGGAGAAGCAGCCCCGAGCACAGAAACAACUGAUCCAAGCUCAGACAAAGAGGCAGAACCUGAGGAGCCCCAGGAAAAAGCCAAAUCACAAGGGGCUCCAAAAAUGGAAGAGGAGGAGCAGGAUCUAAAGUUUCAGAUCGGAGAGCUGGCAAAUACUCUGACUAGUAAAUUGGAGUUCCUGGGCAUCAACAGACAAUCUAUCUCCAACUUCCACAUGUUGCUGUUGCAGACAGAGACCCGCAUUGCAGACUGGCGAGAAGGUGCUCUCAAUGGAAACUACCUCAAACGCAAACUCCAAGACGCAGCCGAACAGCUUAAACAAUACGAAAUAAACGCCACCCCUAAAGGCUGGUCCUGCCACUGGGACAGGGAGCAUAGACGCUAUUUCUAUGUUAACGAGCGCUCGGGAGAGUCGCAAUGGGAGUUCCCCGACGGGGAGGACGAAGAGGAGGGACAGCGAGGCGCCACCGACAGAAAACCCGAGAGUCCUCCAAAGCCACCUCCCAAAGACAAAGGAGAGCACGCCGAAGGGCCUGCCGAGCGCCCCGCAGGCUCCCUUUGUAAAGAAUCCUUCUCAGGCCAAGUUCCUGCUACGUCUCUCAUGCCGCUCACUCCGUUUUGGACUCUGCUUCAGUCCUCCGUCCCAGUCCUCCAACCUCCCUUGCCUUUGGAAAUGCCCCCGCCACCUCCACCCCCUCCAGACUCGCCCCCACCGCCUCCACCGCCACCCCCACCACCUGGAGAAGAUGGGGAGAUCCAGGAAGUGGAGAUGGAAGAUGAGGGGGGUGAGGAGCCGCCUGCCCCAGGAACAGAGGAGGAUGCUCCUCUGAAGUCCCUGGUGCGCCCUGCUGCCAGCAGCAGCCAGGCCGCUGUCGAUCCGAGCCCAGCCCCGCUGCUCUCGGCCAAGCCGCAGAAGAGAAAAGCAGUGGAGAUGAGCCCGGGCUUGGUGCAGCGCACGGCCACCAUUGGCAGCUGCCCCGUCAUCUACAGCCAGCCCCUGAUGGCCACGGGCAAGUACCAGCCCUCAGCCGUGCCCUUGGCCUCCUUAAGGCCGCGCCAGCGCCUCCAGAGCGAGAUCCAGGGCCGCCCCAACCUGCGCAUGGCUCCCGGCCACGCUGGCCCUCAGCCCGCGGCACUGGGGCUGCAGUCCAGCUACCUGGGCGUGACGGGCCCUGCCGCGCCUUCCAUGAUGGGAUACUCGGAGUGCACCGUGCCCGUCAGCCUGGCCAGCACGGCCAGCAUGCAGCCGGUGCCGGCACGGGGAGCCCUGCCAGCCGCGGGCACGGCAGCGGAGCAGCCGCCGCCCCCGCCGCCCCCACAGACGCCCCCUCCGCCCACCCCCAAGGCGCCGCCGCCCCCGGAGAAGGAGAAGCCAAGGAAGGGGCGCAAGGACAAGGGCAAGAAGGGCAAGACAAAGAUGCCAUCGCUGGUGAAGAAGUGGCAAAGUAUCCAGCGGGAGCUGGAUGAGGAGGAGAAUUCCAGCUCCAGUGAGGAGGACCGGGAGACCACAGCCCAGCGGCGCAUCGAGGAGUGGAAGCAGCAGCAGCUGAUGAGUGGCAUGGCUGAGAGGAAUGCCAACUUCGAGGCACUGCCAGAGGACUGGCGGUCACGGCUGAAGCGGAGGAAAACGGCCUCGAGCACAUGAGGCAUGCAGGGCCGUGCCCACCUCUUGGGGUUUUUUUGUUUUGGUAUUUUUUAUUUUUACAGAUGUACAGUUCCUUUGACCAUUGUCCAAUAAAUCGUAGCAGUUUGGGAAGUGCCAUCUCAUUGAUUCUGCUAAGGGCAGGUGGUAGAUGGGGAUGGGGAGCACAGCAGACCCCUGUAAUCCAUAAUUACUGUAUGGGUGGGUGUGUGGAUUGUGGAGGCAGGAAGGCUCUGCAGAGGAAACUGGACAGGCUGGAUUGAAGGGCUGAGGGUAAAGGCCAA